AUGCAGAAAGAAAAAGAGGCAAAUUCUGAACCUGUUCAGAAUUCUGUUGUCCAUAAUAGCCCCCAAGGGGUUGUGCACAAUAACUCUUCACCCACUUUGGUCGAAUCAGACACUCAGCCCUCUAUAGAUGAGCCUUUAGGGAAUAAUUCCAUUGAAAAACCUACUCAAAAGGGUUCGACCCCUAAGCCAAAUAGUGAGACACCUGCUACUUCAAAAAGACCUCCACCACCCUUUCCUCAAAGGUUGCAAAAGCAGAAGCAAGAUAAUCAGUUUAGGAAAUUUCUAGACCUCCUAAAACAGUUGCAUGUCAACAUUCCAUUUGUUGAUGCAUUGGAACAAAUGCCCUCUUAUGUAAAGUUCAUGAAAGAAAUUCUUUCAAGAAAAAGGAGGCUAGAAGAGUUUGAGACUGUUGCUCUUACACAAGAGAGCAGUCAAUAUCUUCUUAGUAAGAUACCUCCUAAACUAGGAGACCCAGGAA